AUGAGUCCUGUCAGCGAAUCUUCUCACAACGCCCUCAACAAGAUAAAUGCAGUGGAGAAAAGUCUCACGUUUGGAUCUGAGAGGCUGCCAGUUUACUGCAAAAGCUCACAGAGUUUGGCUGACCAUACGUACAAACUAAAACCAGCUCUGGAAUUUCUACCACCUCUGAACCAGGGGAUGAAGAUCCUGCUGCAGGACGCUCGGCUCUACUGCAGGCUCAGGAAACACGCGGACGCCGUCAGCUGCUUGAACACCGCCCUCAAGCUGGCGUCAGAAGGCAGGAUACUGGAGGACAUGCUCAGUGCAGACACAGAGGACCUGAACCUGGUGCUGAGCCACAUCCACAGCCGUCUGGUGGAGGCUCAGCUCAAGACCAAGCAACGCCAGCGCGCACUGGAGCAUGCGCACAGGUGUAUCCAGCUGAAUCCCUCUCACUUUCAAAACCACCUUCGUCAAGCCGCAGUCUACAGAGCGCUGGACCAGCCCUGGCUCGCAGCUAAGAGCGCUUUGACCGCAAACUGGCUGUACUGCUCCCUGCCUCAUCCCGAGCGCAGAAUCAGCUCACAACUCCAGUUCUAUUGGCAGGUGAGCGGACAGAUGGACCAGGGCGGACCGCAGCCUCAGUGUCUAUUGGCUAACUGGACCCCUCCCCAGCCAAUCAAUCACGGACGUUUAGUGACCUCCAAUGCUGGCAUAUGUUCCGCUAAAGGCUUUAUAAUGAAGCCACAAGGCCAGGGAGGUUUGUCCACGCUGCAGAGCUGGGCCGUUUUGAAAGAAGCGUUGUCGGCCAGUCGAGUGGUUGUUCUCUACACUCCCUUCAUCCAGAACCCAUCACCAGAGGAGCUCCUCCGGGCUGAGCAGAACCUGAAGGAUCUUUACCCCUCAGCGGCCUAUGUCUACACUGAUCCUCGAGGAGUCCACGUCUUGCCCCACACCACAGACUGGCUCUCCACUGCCCCUGGUGAUGUGCAGAAGUAUUACAUCAGCCUGGGAUUCGGGACCACAAAGGAAGGGAAAUUCAUUGAAAAUAUCUGCUCCAGGAUGUGGGCCACACUUGCAGAAGCAAGAGGUUUUCACCGGAGGCCUCUCCAGAAGAAGGACCUCAACCCAAAUGAGCAGAAGGAGAUAUAUGAGAAGAUACUGCCCAUUCUGGACAUGAUACAGGCCACACAGCUAAACUCAGGGUUUGGCCCGUGCUCAGGCCUGAUGGAGUCCCUGCAGUUCUCGUCCCUGUUGGCCAAAGUGGGACGCUACAGAGAACGCACACAGAUCCUUCUGUGCUGCCAGGCCCGGCUCAGCACCGCCCCCUACCUGCCUCUCUGCCCCAGCGCCAACAGCAACCCACAGCGGGACAGGCAAACGCUGCUGCAGCUCCAGGCAGACCUCCUGGAUGAACUGGCCGACACAGGGGCUUCGUCAGAGCGAGUGUGGGACACCGCCCUGAAGGUGGGCUGGCUGGAGGACAUGCUCAUCGUAGUUGAAAGAUGUUACAACCACAAAAAAGCCAGGAGACUUGAGCCGACUCAGUCACACCGUUUGUGGAGGUCAUGCUCCCCUUGUCCUGGGCCUCUGCAGACCGCUGCCCAGGCUCCUCCUCUGGGACCGAAAGGCGAUCAGCAGCACGGUCGCACAUUCGUCUGCAGCACUGCAUAA